AUGUCUGGUACAAUGAGAGCUGCUCAAUACAAUACUACACUCAAUAAAGUUGAGGUCAAUGAGAUCCCAAUUCCCGAGCCCGGCGAGAAUGAUAUUCUGAUUAAGAACGUUUGCGCAUCGCUAUGCCAUUCUGAUUUGAUGCUUUUCUGGGGACAUACAGCGGAGAAGCCUUUGAUGGAAAAAGUUACCAUCGGACAUGAGAAUACCGGCACCGUCGCUACCCUCGGAAGAAAUGUUACAGGAUUCAAGAUCGGUGAUCCGGUAGGAUGCCUUGGGUGCAGCUAUGCUUGCUAUGAGUGCGAAGGUUGCCGUGUUCAUAAUCUUCACUGUGUGGAAGGCACUGGCAGAAUGCACGGCUUUACAGCACACGGACAUUUUGCGGAAUACUCCCUAUCCGACUAUAGGAAUGCAAUGGUUCUCCCCGCGGGAAUGGAUCUCACUACUGCCGCUCCUUUGUUCUGUGCGGGAAUAACAGCAUACCACUCCGUGAAAAACUGCGGGCUCCAAGAAGGAGAUUGGAUCGCGAUCAUUGGAUGUGGAGGACUGGGCCACUUGGCAAUCCAAUAUGCCAAGGCAUUAAAAUUGAAGGUCAUCGGAAUUGAUAUUUCCGAUUCGCAAUUGGAAUCUGCGAGGUCUCUCGGUGCUGAUUUGACCUUCAACUCAGCCUCAACUCCAGGCUAUGAAAAGGAGAUCUUAAGCCAGACCGGCGGAGGUGCACACGCUGCUGUGGUUCUGAGUGCCUCAAAUGCUGCGUACAAGGGUGCUCCUAGCGUGCUGAGGAUAAAUGGUAUUCUCAUGAUCAUCGGCAUCCCCAAGGAGAACCUGUCAAUCAAUGCUCUCGAUAUCCUCCUAGGGAAGUAUCGCAUCAUGGGUGCAAGCAGUGGUACACCGCAGCAGAUGCGGGAACCCAUUGAAUUCAGCCAUGAGCAUGGAAUCAAAGUGCACAUGACGACGUUCAACGACAUUGGGGACAUCCACAAAGUCAUCGACUUGCUAGAGAAUGGAAAAACCGCUGGCCGAUUUGGUAUAGUCUUCUAG